AUAUCCAUGCAUGCAAUGGGCCAUGGAGAAAAUCAAGAGCUUAAACAUAAUACAAUAUCUAUAUCUAUUAUCCAAUUACAGGAUACAACAUUUGCCACAUGUUAUCACAUAGUUGGAUAAUGAGAUAUUGAAUCAACCUAAAACGAGAAGCACCUCAGAAUCAAUAUCCACCUAUGAAUUCAGAAAUAUCUCCAUUUUCUCUUACAAUUUUCCUUUCUUUCUCCUCCACUUAUUAUUUUCUUACCAUUCAUUUUUUCUUCUUCUUCUUCUUAUUAUUAUUAUUAUUAUUAUUGUGAAUCUGAAUAAAGAGAAUUAAGUUUAGGGAAGUUUUAAAGUCUAUAGUGUUCAGAAGAAACAGUACAACAAUGGCAACACAAGCUUUGGUUUCUUCUUCCUUAACAUCUUCAGUAGAAACUGCAAGACACAUUACAGGAGCAAGAAAUGGUGUUCCUUCUUUAAGGAAAAACUCUUUUGUUGUUCGAGCUUCUGCUACUCCACCUGUUAAGCAAGGAGAAAACAGACCCCUUUGGUUUGCAUCAAAGCAGAGCCUUUCAUAUUUAGAUGGCAGUCUUCCAGGAGACUACGGGUUCGAUCCACUAGGACUCUCAGACCCGGAAGGCACUGGUGGGUUCAUCGAGCCAAGGUGGUUAGCCUAUGGUGAGAUCAUCAACGGACGUUAUGCUAUGCUGGGAGUUGUAGGUGCAAUAGCCCCAGAAAUCCUGGGAAAAGCUGGUUUGAUCCCCCCAGAAACUGCCCUCCCUUGGUUCAAAACCGGUGUGAUUCCUCCAGCAGGCACAUACAAUUACUGGGCCGACCCAUACACAUUAUUCGUCUUUGAGAUGGCACUCAUGGGCUUUGCGGAGCACAGGAGACUCCAAGAUUGGUAUAACCCCGGGUCAAUGGGCAAGCAAUAUUUCUUGGGCUUGGAGAAGGGCUUAGGUGGAUCAGGUGAGCCAGCUUACCCAGGUGGACCAUUCUUCAACCCAUUGGGCUUUGGUAAAGAUGAGAAAUCAAUGAACGAUCUUAAACUUAAAGAGGUGAAAAAUGGAAGGUUGGCUAUGUUAGCUAUAUUGGGUUUCUUUAUUCAGGCUCUUGUAACCGGUGAAGGCCCAUAUCAAAACCUACUGGACCACUUGGCUGACCCAGUCCACAACAACAUUUUGACCAGUCUUAAGUUCCACUAAAAGACUUUUAUUUUGUACUAUAUUUGGUUUCUACUCCUAUGUGCAAAUAUUAUGUGAAUUAUAAAAGAUAUUUGUUUGUUAUGUA